AUGGCUACAGUUUCCGGCUCUUUUCUCCCGGAAGAGAUGGUAGAGUUGAUCAUGCGGCAGUCAACCCAUGUUGUUAAUCUUGUGUACCUCUACCGCAACGUGUGUCGUUCAUGGAGGUCGGUCGCCGACAGGGUGUUAGCGUCGUCGCCUCCACACUUACUUGCCUACGACGAAGAGAGUAUAGAAUUGUUCAACAUCUUCACCGGAGACUCAAGGGUGUAUAAAAUUCCCGAGUUGAAGAAUCGUGGUAGGCAGCAGCCAGCGGUGUUGCCCAGGAUUGUCUACUCCUGCCAUGGUUGGCUGGCAAUGGAUUUCACCGCAUCCAAGUGUUACCGUGGCCGCAAGAAUCACGCUCACGAUAUCUGUCUCUACAACCCGUUCUCAAGGGCUCAGAUUUGGCUCCCUACGUUCACAAUCGACCACUCUCUUCGAACAUACGAUACCCAGAAUAUCAAUUUCGUUUUAUCAUCUACCCAGAAAAAUCCAAGUUCAAUUGCUUUAUCUGUUCGUGAGGGGGGAGGAAAAUUGAUGUUUUGGAAAGCAGGAGACGAAAAGUGGACACGCUUUGAUAACCCUCUUGUUGACAAGCGGAUGUUGGUUGCUGAUAUUAUAAGCUACAAGGGUGGAUUCUGUGCAAUUUACUCCUGUGCAAUUUACUCCUUUGGGCACAUUAGACAAUUUGAGCUGAGCCCUGUUCCUCGUGCCAGAGAACUUCCAACUAGUAAUGUGAUGCUUCUUAAUCAUGAAUCUUCGUAUCUGGUGGAAUCGCUGUCUGGGGAACUGUUGCUGGUUCAUAGAUGUUUCCCCCCAUAUGACGAGUUUAUGGUUUUCAAAUUGGAUUGGGAGAAGAUGGAGUGGGAUGAGAUCAGGAGCAUAGGUGAUGAAGCAAUUUUCUUGGCUCGUAAUCAAUCUGUGUGCGUAAGAACCGAUGAAUCUACCGUAUACAGACAUAAUUGCAUCUACUUCACAUUGCAAUUAGAUGUCAUGAAGAAUCCAAUAAGAGACGCGGAGGAUGUUGGGGUAUACGACAUGGCAACUAAAACCACCCAUCCGUUCCCUUACUUUUCUAAUAAUCUACGCCACCGAUGGUUCAACAUGCAACUAUAG